CCUCCGCAAAACCCCGCCCAAAGCCGCUUCCACGCCCGAAUUCAGCUUCUCCCCGCCCCAGGCCGCGCCUCUUUGCGCAUAUAUGGCUCCUUACCCGCCUCUCCUUGCCCAUAUUUGGCUAGCCACGCCGCUCCCACCCGUGUCCCCGCCACUCGUGGGCGCGGCCUGUCGCCGCGGAGACGCGGGCGUGGGAGGACCCGGAUGUGGCUGGAUCCCAACAUGGCGGCGGCGGUCGACGCUUUUCCCGGAGCACCUGGAACGCGGAGCUGAGGCAGGACAGUUUUCCCUUCGCGGAAGGAGCGCGUCCCGGGCCAUGUUCUCCAAGAAGAAGAAGCGGGUGGAGAUCUCGGCGCCGUCCAACUUCGAGCACCGGGUGCACACGGGGUACGACGCCUCGGAGCAGCGCUUCACGGGGCUGCCCCGCCAGUGGCAGGGGCUGCUCGAGGAGUCCGCCCGCCGCCCCAAGCCCCUCGUGGACCCCGCCUGCAUCACCGCCAUCCGUGGGGCCCACAAGCCCAUCGUACGUGGCUCCAAAGGCACCCGAGAUGGGACCCCCGGGGGCCGGGACAGGACCCUGGCAUGGCUCCUGGACGAGCUGGCGGCCGUGUCCGUGUCCCGCUCCAACUCCCUGCGCCAGGACAGCCCCCCCUGCCCCUCCCGGCACCCCCCGGAGAACGGCCUGGCCCCGGGGCCCCCCCGCUCCCGCCCGGAGCCCGGCAAGAGCCGCCGCAGGGACCCCGAGCCGAGCCCCCCGCAGUCCCGGCAGCGGGAGGAGCCCAAAGCCGCGGCCGGGCGGGAGCCCCCCAACCCUCACCCUCAGCCCCACGCCCCCGGGGGCCGCCCCAAAUCCAGCUCAGCCGGAGAGGGGCCCCCCCGGCCCCCACCCCGCGAGCAGCGCCCGCUCUCGGGGCCCGACCUGCGGCCCCCCGACAUUCCCGGCGCUCCCGGAGCGGGACUGAAGACGGCGCCCGGACGCCCCUUCCACACCUAUCCCCGCGCUGACACCGACCCCAGCCGGGGGGGCAGUGCCCAGGUAAAGGGGUGUCCCCAGGCCUCUCCUCAUCCUCCUCUUCCUCCUCCUGCUCUCCUUCCUCUUCCAGAGUGGGUUCUCUGCUCCUCUUCCUCACGGCUUCCUGCGCUCCGCUGGGAUCAGCAGCAGCUUCCUUCCCCAGUUAAUUCCUCUUCUUCUUUUUCUUCUUCCUCCUCCUCACUGUGCUUGCCACGUUCUUCCUCAGAAGCUGCUCCUCUUCCUCGCAGCUCCCCGGAAUCGGGAUGUGCGGGGGGCCGCCACCUCCCCUGCCGGUGCUGCGUCCUUGGCACCAAAACAGUUUCUUCUUCCUCGCUCUGCCUCUUCUCUUCCUCCUUGGAAGCAGCUCCUCUGCUCCUCUUCCUCGCAGCUUCCCUUGUCCCAGUCAGAAUCUGGUCCCAGGUGCUGCAUCUGUGGCUCCGGCGUCUCUUCCUCUUGCUCCUUCCCUCUGGCCUGUGCCCGGAGGCCCCAGCGCUGGCCCCCGACAUUCCCACGGGAAUUCCAGGGGCUGACACCCCUCUUCCCUGUUCCCACAGGCCGAGCACCACCCGGGACGCCCGCAGGAGGGGACCCCCAACGGGCCGGUCCCCGCCGGCGCUCCCGGUGCCUCCCACGCCCCCGGCCCCCCACGCCCCAAAGCCCCGGAGCCGCCUCCCCCGGCCGCAGAGCCCCCGGCCCCGCGGCCCCCCGGCCCCGCGCCCGCCCCGGCGGCGGCCCCAGCGCGUGUCCCACGAGCAGUUCCGGGCGGCGCUGCAGAUGGUGGUGGACCCCGGCGACCCCCGCACGUACCUGGACAACUUCAUCAAGAUCGGCGAGGGCUCCACGGGCAUCGUCUGCAUCGCCACCGUGCGCGGCUCCGGCAAGCUGGUGGCCGUCAAAAAGAUGGACCUGCGCAAGCAGCAGCGGCGGGAGCUGCUCUUCAACGAGGUGGUGAUCAUGCGGGACCACCAGCACGAGAACGUGGUGGAGAUGUACAACAGUUACCUGGUGGGCGACGAGCUCUGGGUGGUUAUGGAGUUCCUGGAGGGCGGCGCGCUGACUGACAUCGUCACCCACACCAGGAUGUCGGAGGAGCAGAUCGCGGCCGUGUGCCGCUCGGUGCUGCGGGCGCUCGCCGUGCUGCACGCCCAGGGCGUCAUCCACCGCGACAUCAAGAGCGACUCCAUCCUCCUCACGCAUGAUGGGCGGGUGAAGCUCUCAGAUUUCGGCUUCUGCGCCCAAGUGAACAAGGACGUGCCACGGCGCAAGUCCCUGGUGGGGACUCCUUACUGGAUGGCCCCCGAGCUCAUCUCACGCCUGCCCUACGGCCCAGAGGUGGACAUCUGGUCUCUGGGGGUGAUGGUCAUCGAGAUGGUGGAUGGGGAACCCCCUUAUUUCAACGAGCCCCCCCUCAAAGCCAUGAAGCUGAUCCGGGACAAUCUUCCCCCCCGGCUCAAGAACGGCCACAAGGUGUCCCCAUCCCUGAAGGGGUUCCUGGAGCGGAUGCUGGUGCGGGACCCAGCGCAGCGGGCGAGCGCCCCGGAGCUGCUCCGCCACCCCUUCCUGGGUGUCGCGGGCCCCCCCGCCUGCAUCGUGCCCCUCAUGCGGCAGCACCGGCUGCGGUGAGAGCCCCCCUGCCCCGGGGGAGACCCCCGGCCCCCUCCUGCUCCUCCUCCUCAGCAGCACCCCCAAACUGGAGCGGGACUGGGAUGUUCCUGAGGGACACCGGCCCCCCGACCUGUACUACUGAGCUGGGGAGCCCACAGCAGAGAUUUUGGGGGGGAAAGGGGGGGUGGCUGUCAUCCCAGAGAUUUGGGGGUGCACGAGCUCAUCCUGGUCCCUGCUGCCUUUGGGACCCAUUUGGGGCAUUUCCCCCUUUUUUUGUUUUUUUUUCAGCCCUCUGUUUUCUACCCCCUUCGGGCACUGGGGUCUGCCCCCCCCUAGAUCUCCAUGCGAGGGGGUCCCCAAAACUACAGCCCCACCUCUCCCCACCACACCACACUACUGAUUCGGGGUGCGUCCCCCCCUGGGCCUCCCUCGCCUGUUUUUGUUGAUUUUGGGGUUUUUUUUUCUUUUUGUUGUUGUUGGUUCCUUCCCCCCGGAACUCCCCCCUGCCUCCCCCGGGGGUGUUUUGUUUUUUAACAAAGCGAUAUUUAUAUGGUCGGGUUUUGUACCGCGCGGGAUGGGGGGGCCUCGGGGGGACACGGGGCCCCCCGCAAAUUACACGUGUCCUUUUGGA